AUGUUUCACUUGUAUUCCGAAAUCUCCCACACCGGCCACCGGAUUCCAACGUUUUCGUCCUCAAUUGCGAUUCAACGACUGCAUGCAUUUCUUUUUGGCGAAUUAGAAAUAGAAUUUUGGAAUCGGAUAGGCAGCGAAAUGGAGAAGGCUGGUAGUGGUACUGUGGAGUACAUUAACAAGAUGUUUCCUACGGAAGCAUCUUUAUCGGGAGUCGAGCCACUGAUGAAGAAAAUACACAAUGAAAUCCGUGUUGUGGAUGCUGAAAUUCUAGGAGCUGUUCGUCAACAGAGUACAUCAGGAACCAAAGCAAAGGAGGAUCUUGCUGCAGCUACAAGUGCUGUGAAGGAACUCAUGUUUAAAGUAAGAGAAAUUAAAACCAAAGCUGAGCAAAGUGAAACAAUGGUUCAAGAAAUAUGUCGUGACAUUAAAAAACUGGAUUUUGCAAAAAAGCACAUAACAACCACCAUCACAGCACUCCAUCGUCUUACUAUGCUAGUCUCUGCAAUCGAGCAACUUCAAGUAAUGGCUUCAAAACGACAAUAUAAAGAGGCUGCUGCACAGGUAGAGGCUGUCAAUCAGUUAUGUAGUCAUUUUGAUGCCUACAGAGAUAUUCCCAAGAUCACUGAGCUAAGAGACAAGUUCAAGAACAUCAAACAAAUUCUCAAGUCUCACGUGUUCUCUGAUUUCUCCAGCUUAGGUACAGGAAAAGAUGCUGAGGAAAUGAGGGAAGAGUUGGUGAAGAACUUUUGCAACUGGGAGCUUAUUUCUUACAAACAGAUAUUUGAAGGAGCUGAGCUGGCAAAGUUAGAUAAAACAGAGAGGAGAUAUGCUUGGAUCAAACGCCGACUACGUACAAAUGAAGAAAUAUGGAAAACUUUUCCUGCUUCAUGGCAUGUCGAUUACUUGAUUUGUAUUCAGUUCUGCAAAUUGACAAGGACACAACUUAUUGAGAUCUUUCAAAAUUUGAAAGAGAAGCCGGAUGUUGGAACACUACUUCUGGCAUUGCAACGGACAAUAGAGUUUGAGGAAGAGUUAGCAGAAAAAUUCGGUAGCAGUAGUACCAAAAGUGUUAUGAGCGACAUUGAGGAAGUAGAUAAAGGGGAAAACAGUACCCAAAUUGUGAUGGAUAUUCGAAAGAAAUAUGAGAGAAAACUUGCUGCACAUCAAGGAAACCAGGAUGAUGAUAAAGAUGCAAAUAAAGAUUUGGCUGUACCUGGAGCUGGGUUUAAUUUUCGUGGUAUUAUAUCGUCUUGCUUUGAACCACACUUGAUGGUAUAUGUAGAAUUAGAAGAGAGAACUCUUAUGGAGCAUCUGGAGAAGCUUGUUCAGGAUGAAACAUGGCAUAUGGAUGAUGGAAGUCAGACUAAUAUAUUAUCCAGUAGCAUGCAGGUCUUUUUAAUCAUCAGAAGGAGUUUGAAACGCUGUUGUGCCUUGACAAGAAACCAGACACUCCUAAAUUUGUUCAAGGUCUUCAAGAGAGUUCUUAGAGCCUAUGCUACAAAGCUUUUCAUGAAGCUGCCAAAAGGUGGUCUGGGGAUUGUUGCAGCUGCCACCGGUAUGGAUGGACACAUCAAGACAUCUGAUAAAGACGAAAGGCUGAUAUGCUAUAUAGUCAACACUGCUGAAUAUUGUCAUAAAACGGCUGGUGAGUUGGCUGAAAAUGUCUCAAAAAUUAUAGAUGCCCAAUUGGCUGAUUCAGUGGAUAUGUCAGAAGUCCAGGAUGAAUUCUCAUCAGUUAUAACAAAAGCAUUAGUCACGUUAGUGCAUGGCGUAGAGACCAAAUUUGAGGUUGAAAUGGCUGCAAUGACACGUGUUCCUUGGGGUAUGCUUGAAAGUGUGGGUGACCAAUCAGGAUAUGUCAAUAGCAUAAAUAUGAUUCUUAGUGGCUGUGUUCCUGUACUUGGAAGCCUUCUUUCUCCAGUUUACUUUCAGUUCUUCUUGGAUAAGCUGGCUUCAUCUCUAGGUCCACGUUUCUACCUCAAUAUCUUCAAAUGCAAGCAGAUAUCAGAAACCGGAGCUCAACAAAUGUUAUUGGAUACUCAAGCCGUAAAGACAAUUCUUUUAGAUAUUCCAUCCCUUGGAAGACAGGCAAUAGGAGCUGCUGGCUAUUCAAAAUUUGUAAGCCGUGAAAUGAGCAAAGCGGAAGCACUCUUGAAGGUUAUAUUGUCACCUAUUGAUUCUGUAGCAGAUACAUAUGGAGCACUUCUACCCGAGGGAACACCUUCCGAGUUUCAGAGAAUUCUAGAGCUCAAGGGGCUAAAAAAGGCCGACCAACAAACAAUACUGGAUGAUUUCAACAAACGCGGGUCCGGGAUUUCGGAAUCACCAAUGGGCACACAAGCAGUCCAGGUGGCACAUGCGGUGGCAACUCCUGUGCCACCACCCAUGGCGGGUCCACCUUCAGCUGCAGGUAUCGCAUCAAGAGAAGAUGUGCUUACUAGAGCAGCGGCACUUGGAAGAGGUGCCGCCACAACUGGAUUCAAAAGGUUUCUUGCUUUGACUGAAGCAGCAAAAGACCGCAAAGAUGGACCCUUCCGAACCCUUGAGGAGUUGUCACAAGAAUACAUAUUUUUUGAGGAUAGGAAAAUAUGCAUGGGAAAUUAUCAAUUCUGUUCAUAUGUCUCGCAUUGGCAUACAGAUGAUUGCUCUUUUUCCCCUUUCAUUGAAGCGGCCAUGAUCUUAAAGUUGUUUGUGUUAAUUCAUUCAUUAAAUGAUUAA